UACAUGUUUUUUAAUAUGCAAAUAAAUAUCACGUAUGUACAAAAAUUAGGGAGGAAUAAUUCCUAGUAUUUUCUGCGAAUACUGUGGUACAAAUUUGUGACCUACAUAGAUUGGCACUUUACAGGAACGCCGCGCUGACAAAUACGAAUUUCUACAAAGUUAUUUUUCUCAUUAGAAAACAACUCAAAUCAAUUUUGUACAUAUAUUGCCUUACUGGACGUCAAUUUUUGUUAUAUUAUUCAGAGAGUUAAAGUUCAAUUAGCAUAAUGACAAAGUGCUGGAAAUGUGUAGUUUUCAUAUUGGUCAUGUACCUUGCAAGGGUUCAAGUUCAUGCACAAACAACAAAUGAAGAAGAUCCAACGAUGUGCACAACUGAGUUUACAAUAGAUCCAACUACUGAAGGUCCCACAACUACAGAAAACGCGACAACAACUACAGAAACCCCCACGACUACAGAAACCCCCACAACGACAGAUAACGCGACAACAACUACAGAAACCCCCACGACUACAGAAACCCCCACAACGACAGAUAACGCGACAACAACUACAGAAACCCCCACGACUACAGAAACCCCUACAACUACAGAAAACGCGACAACUACAGAAAACGCGACAACAACUACAGAAACCCCCACGACUACAGAAACCCCCACGACUACAGAAAACCCCACAACAACUACAGAAAACCCCACAACAAUGGCAUCUACAAGUGAUUCCACGAUUACAGAAGAGCCAACUACGGAAGAGUCAUCUACAGGUCCAACUACUGGUCCUACUUCCGAGGAAACCACGACCACAAAUCCAACUACUGGUCCAUCUACUUCCGAGGAAACCACGACCACAAAUCCAACUACUGGUCCACCUACUUCCGAGGAAACCACGACCACAAAUCCAACUACUACAGAAGAGAUAACUACAGAUCCAACAACGGAGACGGACCCCAGUUCAACAGUAAUAGCUGGGGUCAACUUUGAAUUACCAUCCAACCGUCCAAAGAUUAUAUGUGGACAGCCACCCACCAGCCAGCCGACUAAUUCAACAACGGUGACUCCCACGACGCCUAGAACUACCACAACUACAACACCGCCACCUUGCUCGUGCGAUGUCAAAUGUAUAGCAACGGACGCAAGAAAUCAAACUUGGGAUCCAUGUCCAGGGGAGACCCAGAACAAAACCUGUCCAGAAGGUUCGGAAGGUAUAGAGAUUUGGGGUUGCGAUUGUCAGCGCAGGUUUACGACGCCUCAACCCGACGAUUCUGGAUGCAACUCGCGUUGGUUGAAAGAUGCUUUGGACAUGGUUGAAAACAUACAAAACCUGACUGACGUGGGAAAUGUGAUGGAUAACAUUAAGAACAAUAUUACCGUCAUCACUGGAGACAAGCCAAAUUAUCAUGGACAUGAGCUUGAAGUCGUGCUAACAGGUCUGCUUCCCACCGUGGUACAAAAGGCUAGCAAUUUAACAAAUUCAUUGGAAGAAUUUAACCCAAUUGCUGAUGACGUGGUGGGCAUUAUUUACACUGUCACGCGAUUUCCCGACCCUUGGCUCCGUCUAGAAAACAAAAACCGAUCCCGUUUCGCGACAACAUUGUUACAAAAUAUAGAAAGUGUGUCGUUCAAUCUCACCGGAAUAUUUACCUGCGAUCCAACCUCAUCCACACGAAUGGAAGAAUUUGUGCAUCACUUUGACUUUAGUGACAAAUAUUUUGUGACUUCUGCUCUGAUUUCAAACGAUGCUGGUGACGAUCCUCCUGAAUUUCCGAUGUUUAAUAUGUCCAAGGGUUCGGUCCUUAGGCUGCCUCAAAACUGGGGAAGGGAAAUUUCCGGUAAAGUUGACUGGACCGGGUCACUAAUUUCUACUGAAUAUGCCAACUACAUGCUUCCACUUCAAUCUGAAGAAAAUCGAGAGACGAUAUAUAAUGGAAAUGUGUUAUCUUUUACUGUCUCAAGAUCAAGAACAAGAUCGUCUUGCGACUCGACAGAUGAGGAUAGAAAAGUUGACAUGAAUUUCACAAAUGGGGCAGGUGUCCAAAUAAGAUUUCCCCACAAUGUGGAAGCCUGGGGUGACAAAAUGGUCAAUCUUCACAGAGAUUUAAAACCUGGCGAAACUAGAAAGGCUGCCUUGGGUUCGGCAAAAUGCGUAUUUUGGGACACUGUUAAUUUAACUUGGUCAACCGAAGGAUGCAAAGUUAUCGCAUCGACACCAUUUGAGACAACUUGUGAAUGCGACCAUUUAACUUCAUUCACAAUUUUAAUGGACCUGCACAACUAUCAAGGGGCAGACGUCGCCUUGCAAUAUUUAACGUACACUUUCUGCAUAAUUUCUAUCGUGUGCUUGAUCGUCUCCGUCUUCCUGUUUUCAACCGUAAUGGGUGUCCAAAAUGAGCGGAUUUUGAUAACACGGAAUCUUUGUUGCUGUCUCAUCGUGGGAAAUCUAUUUGUCGUCAUCACGCUUAACAAUCCCACCUUCAUGAGUCAGACUCUUUGUUUCAUCGCUGGUUUCUUGACACACUACGCUUUCCUGGCAGCCUUCUGCUGGAUGGCGUUGGAAGGAUGGCACUUGUACAAAAUGAUCAUCAGCGUCUUUAAUAGCGCAGUAGCGAAUCAUUUCUGGGCGUACAAUGUGAUCGGGUAUGGAGUACCACUGGUCAUGGCUGGGUUUACACUGCUAAUUGGGUACAUUGUUGGAGAAGAUGCUUAUGGAGGAGAAGUGUGUUGGCUAGCAGAUUCAUUCAUUUGGGCAUUUAAUGGUCCCAUCUUAAUUGUAGUGGUGGUGAAUAUCAUCAUAUUGACAAUAUGUAUGGUGAAAGCUCACAGGAUUCGGAAUAAUAGACGAUUUCCCCUGGUUAAACGUAAAAUAUCAUCUCUCUCGUCGUGGGUUAAAGGAUGUUUUGCAUUAAGCGUCCUUCUCGGCUCGACGUGGAUAUUUGGCUUUUUUGCAUUGAUACCAGGAGCAGAAUUGGUUUUCUCGUACAUUUUUGUUAUCCUUAAUGCAUCUCAGGGAAUAUUCAUCUUUAUCUUCCGUGUCAUUUUGGACAAAAAGAUGCGUCAGAAAUGCGCCUCAAAUCUACUUGCCACACGAUUUGGAGAACAUUUGCCAAAAUCUUGUUUAACUUGGACUUCUUCAUCCGCUAAUCCCACUUCAAAUGAAACCAACUUAAAUCAAGAGCACGGAAACCAUGAAAUGAGAGGUUUUCAUCAUUCUUCAAGUUCAAGUAAGGCAUGAAUACACGAAAUGCAGUUAUCUGAUCAGCCACGUUCCAGUGAUGACUAUAUAUCAACACAGUUUACGGGUUUACCACUUAACUUACGUAUGCAUGUACGUGUUAAAAACAUACUUACUGUUAAUUGCUUUUAUUUUACUACUUUUAUAAAUUGGGAACAAAAUUAUUACUGAUUACCGCAGUGGUAAAGACUAGGAUGAUAACAUGAUGAUUACCAUACGAUAAUAAAAUUUACUACCCCAACAGUUUCUCAUCUCAUUGAAUUGAAAGGGGAUCAACUUGAGAUUUGUUGAAAUUUCUAGUAUUGCCGACAAAAAUUGUGUUAAAAAUUGUGUCAAACAUGUAACUAUAAUUUUACAAACGGAACAAAAUGAUGUCCCUCUCGAUUGGUGAAUGUUUUGUACUUAAUAAAUAAUUGUACAUCCAUCCAUGUACACAUAAACAAU